AGCACGGACAGGCAGCACUGCACGACCCAGCGCAGAGCUCACCUGGCCCCACCGAGGUAUUUCUAUUUCCCCUUUUUUCGGGCGAAGAAGUAUAGACCGACGGAGAGCCCUGACGUCACCAUGCCAGGUAGAGAGUGAAGGGGGCUUUGGGUCGUGAGGAGGAGGGCAGUAACACUGCGGGUGUACUUGGGGUGGCCUCUCUAUCGCGGUGAACACCUUUCGGAGCGCGCUCGGACGCACGUAUGAUGAUGGACGCCUGGCCGCCGCUGCUUCUGCUGGCUCUCCUCGCCAUUGCGGGAGGCGGCCUCGGGGCAGACACAGAGGAGCGGUUGGUGGAGCAUCUCCUAAACCCUGCCCACUACAACAAACUGAUCCGUCCUGCGACUAAUGGCUCCGAGCUGGUUACCGUGCAGCUGAUGGUGUCGUUGGCCCAGCUCAUCAGCGUGCAUGAAAGAGAGCAGGUGAUGACCACCAAUGUCUGGCUAACACAGGAGUGGCAGGACUAUCGUCUGACUUGGGUCCCUGAGGAGUUUGAUGGGAUGAUGAAGGUCAGGCUGCCCUCAAAACACAUCUGGCUGCCUGACGUUGUGCUCUACAACAAUGCUGAUGGGGUGUACGAGGUGUCUUUCUACUCUAACGCGGUGGUCUCCUACGAUGGCAGUAUCUUCUGGUUGCCCCCGGCCAUCUACAAGUCAGCCUGUAAGAUCGAGGUCAAGCACUUCCCCUUUGACCAGCAGAACUGCACGCUGCGCUUCCGCUCCUGGACUUACGACCGCACCGAGAUCGAUCUGGUGCUCCGUGCUGACGUGGCCAGCAUGGACGACUUCACGCCCAGCGGUGAGUGGGACAUCAUCGCCCUGCCAGGCAGACGAAACGAGAACCCAGCUGACCCCACCUACGUGGACAUAACGUACGACUUCAUCAUUCGCAGGAAGCCUCUUUUUUACACCAUCAACCUAAUCAUCCCGUGUGUGCUCAUCACCUCGCUGGCAAUCCUGGUCUUCUACCUGCCCUCUGACUGUGGCGAGAAGAUGACGCUCUGCAUCUCCGUGCUGCUGGCUCUCACUGUGUUCCUGCUGCUGAUCUCCAAGAUCGUCCCCCCCACUUCACUGGACGUCCCUCUCGUGGGGAAGUACCUGAUGUUCACCAUGGUCCUGGUCACUUUCUCUAUCGUCACGAGCGUGUGUGUGCUCAACGUACACCACCGCUCGCCCACCACACACACCAUGCCCCCUUGGGUCAAACUGGUGUUCCUCAACAAGCUUCCUGCGUUGCUCUUCAUGCGCCAGCCCAGGAACAGCUGCGAGCGCCAGCGGCUGCGCCAGAGAAGGAGGGCCCAGGAGCAGAAAGACGGUGGGCGCAGCGGGGAGGCGGGGGCCCUGAUGGUGGGGCUCGGGCUGGGCAACGCUGGCGGGAACGGAGCGGGGACCACCACAGGGGUGUUCAGCAAGGAGGACAAUGACCCUUGUACCUGCUAUGUGAACCGGGCGUCAGUUAAACAGUUCGGAGGGGAUCUGGGAGGAGCAGGAGGGGGAUCCAUGGAUGGUCUGAACAGGGUGAGGGAGGGACGGGAAGGGGGCUCUGGAAACGUGCCACGGGGGAAGCAAGCAGCAGGAGGACCUGCUCUGACUCAGGCCCUGCUGGCUCAAGCCUGUCCGGGCUUUGAGGAGGCCGUGGAAGGAGUACGCUUCAUCGCCAACCACAUGAAGAGUGAGGAUGAUGAUCAGAGUGUAAGCGAGGACUGGAAGUACGUUGCCAUGGUGAUCGACCGCCUCUUCCUCUGGAUCUUUGUGUUUGUGUGCGUGUCCGGCACACUAGGCAUGUUCAUGCAGCCGCUCUUCCAGAAUUACACAGUCAAGACCAUCACCAGCUCGCCAGGCUGACCAUUCGCAGGCCGAGAACACGCUGACCUGACUGCUCCCCCCCCCCGACCAAUCAGCACAGCGGGACAAGGGCCGGAGGUGUGGGGGUGGGGGGGUGCGGGUCUGGGUUUUAUUGUGUCUCUUGAACUGGAAACCAGGACUGGAACUGAACAGCAAUCACGCCCAUUACCUUUAUAGUAACGUUUUUGCAACGAACAAGUGUUUUCCUUGAAUGAAGAAAAAGGAAAACACCAUCAUACUCUUAACUGCAGUUUUUUGUCCAGAUGUUUAGUGGACUGACCUCCCCUUUCUGGUGGAAAGGUCCCUCCCUGCUCUCCUCUUCUGUCAGGGAGCGAGGAUGCUCAGAUUUACUCCUCAUUGAACCCUACGCCAGUCUUUCAACACUUUCCGCUCGACGCUGAACGCUUAAUUGACACUUGACAUGCCCUCCUUCAACUAUGACAUUACCCAUUCUCAAUAUCGACUGAUGUCAGAGGGAGCUAAUCAGAAAGGGAAGGGAGGUUCAUAUUAAGGUUCUUAUACAUUCAUUUGAUUUAUUUCAGAAAUCCACUAGUGAACUGAUUCAUUAUAUUUUAUCAUAGCAUAGCGGCUUACCACAGUAUAGCAUUAGGAAUAUAUUAUUAAGAUUUCUCUAUGUGUUAGCUCAUGCAAGGGUCUGUUGCUGAUAGAGAGGCCAUGGUGUGUUGUAUGAUUGUAUAGAUUAAACAAGGAAUGUGAUAUAAACUGUACUACACAGUGGUGCGCACACUAACACAAUAUGUGUACAAGCAACAGAUUGUGAAUACAGAGAGGGGACUUGAAUUAAAGAAAGAGCCAGGUUGCAUUAUUCAAUAAAAGGGAUAAAGUAAUAGAUGCUUGGACAGCGUUGUGCCCAUUAAAUAGAGGACGGCAGAGGCCAGCUGUGCCAGAGUGCACAGAUGCAGUGAGACGAGUUCAGCUCCAGAGAAACUGAAGAAACUGAGAUGGUGGAUAGGACUGCCUAUAUGAUUGACAGUGGAGAAUGAUUGCCCCAAGAUGGAGUUUCUAGAGCUCAGUUGAGAUGGUGCAAAUAUCAGUGUUAGAAAAAGUAACUUGUAAAUCAAAUUAUAUUGAUGGAAGGAAGGAAAAUCGAUCAUGGAAAUGAAGCUAUUAUGUGUAUUAAUAUGUAAUUUCAUAUUUCAGUACGUAAAGCAUAUGUAUGCGCGUGUGUAUGUAUGUGUAUGCGUGCCCCACACCCCAAUGCGUCACAUCUGUCAGAUACGAUGUUCAGGAGAUAAACUGUGUGUGUGUCUCCCCCUCCCUUCUAUUAAUCUCUGGCAACCUCUCUCCACUUCUCUCUCCUUUAUCUGGUCUUCCAUGGACAAACACGUUUCUGACAUUUAAGAAUACUUACAUUCUCUAUUCAUUACGGCAGUUUUCCUUUUCAUCAUGGACCGGCUGAUUCGUCUUAUUUCCACAAUCUUCCCAUGUUCCCUGACAACCAAGCGAGAAGCAAAAGGCAUGCAGGGAGAGUAGGGGGGGGUGAAUUACAUUUUCAAUAAACAAGAAAGAAAUGACAAGAGGGCCAAAAGCUGAAGCAGUCGCACCAGGCAAUAAGUUACAAAUUCAAAAUCAUGAGAAGAAAAUAAAAAGACAGGUAAUAGUUAUAAUGAUGUUGCAGGAGGAGGAAUGAAGCAGGAUAGGCAGAGACUAAAGACUGUUACGGUUGUUUCGCCAAAGGAAAGCCACUAUAAACUCUGGAAAAAUGCUGUCUAAUCCUCUAUCACUCGCUACGAGAUCGUGUGGCCAAGUCUGCAGCUAAAGGAUGGGAUUACCCAGGGGGGGAUCCCUAACAGAUCCCGAACAAGUGUGAAAAGCCUAUCAGAGAGCUGUGAAAACUGUAGCCUGCACGGCUCCACACAGACAAAGUGCUGCUGUCCACUCUUCUUCUCUCUCUUUGACCUUUUCCACUCUCCUUCCUUUCUUCUCACUCCCUCUCUCAUCAUGCUCCCCCCAACUUUCACCCUUCUCCUUCCUGACUCUCAAAUCUGCUCCUGUGCACACCUUAACCGGUCCAAUAAAGGUUGUAGGUUCAGAUUA